AUGAAUUCCGUCGUCGAAGACAGCGCUUUGUCGAGUCUGUUUCUUUGUCAGAUCCAGCCCUGCGUCGAGCACAAUGCUUUGUCGAAUCUCUCCCCCGGCCGACUCGUGUCGCUGCAAGUCUACGAUACAAUCGACAUCACGCGGGUCGAGGGCGAGAUGACGGAGGAGGACUUCUAUCUGACGGUGCAUCUCAAGGUCCGCGGGGCCGGGGUCGUGGAUGUUGUGGUGGAGACUGGGGUUCUGCAUCCGAGUCAUCGGUUGGUGUGGGAUCCGAGUCGCACCCGCGACAUUGAGCAACUGCGGGAUAUCGAGGGGGCGAUUGAGAAGUUGAGCAGUAUUGCUUGUGGGAUGGCGGCUAAGGAGGGCUUCAAGGGGUUCAAGAUGAGUGAUCUUGAGGAGAUGGCUGCGGUGUUUCGAUUCGAGUAA